AUGGCGAGCUCGUUUGAGAAGUCUGUGAAGGGAGCUACGAAGAUCAAGGCUGCCGCGCCGAAAUCGAAAUAUGUCGAACACAUCCUCGUAGCUACGCAUGCCGGCGAAUCCGGUGUCGCCGAGAUCUUUCGCGCGCUUCAGAACAGGUUGAGAGACUCGACGUGGACUAUCGUCUUCAAGUCGCUCAUUGUAGUACAUCUGAUGAUACGGGAGGGUGAGCGAGACGUCACACUCCAGUAUCUUGCAAGCGGUCCGAGCCGCAAGUUGGCUAUCAACAACUUCACAGACGUCGAGACGCAAGGACGCAACAUAAGGGUGUACGCAAACUACCUAGUGCAGCGAGUGCGAGCAUUUGCUUCGACGAAGGUUGACCAUGUCCGAGGGGCCGAGGGCCGUCUCAAGCGGCUCAGCGUCGAGAAGGGUCUACUGCGCGAGACUGAGGUUAUACAGGAGCUAAUUGAGGCGCUGUUGGAAUGCAGAUUCCUUUCCGAGGAUUCUGAGAACGACAUCUCACUGUGCGCUUUCCGGCUGCUAACUAUGGAUCUACUUGCGCUUUUCCAUGUUAUGAACGAAGGGACGAUUAAUGUGCUUGAGCAUUUCUUUGAGAUGUCACAUCCAGAUGCGGAACGAGGGCUCAAUGUCUAUCGGACAUUCAUUAGUCAGACCGAGCAGGUCGUGCAAUAUUUGAGCGUGGCAAGAUUACAUGAGCACUCCACAAGAUUAGAGAUACCGAAAAUCAAGCACGCACCGGUAGGCUUGGCCGCCUCACUGGCGGACUAUCUCAAUGACAAGGACUUCGAAGUAAACAGACGUCAGUAUUUGGCAACGCAGCAAGCGAAGAGAAGCGGCAAGGCAUCCAACGGAGUCAGCAAACCGCCAGUAGCGGCCACAUCGAGCAAAUCUGCAGAACUUCCAGCUCCAUCGAAGCCAGCAGAGUUGCCAGCAGCGGCGCCGCCAGCGAGAGGGCCACCUGCUGAUCUUAUCGAUUUUUUCGAAUCCAUAGAACAGCAGCCCAUGGCACAGCAGUCGUCCGAGCUGCAACAGCAGCAAUAUCCCCAGCAAACAGGCGUGCCAGCCCCGCAAACUGCGUUUCCUCAACAAGUUACGGGCUUCCAGGCGCCGCCGCUGCAACAGGAGCCAUACAAUCCAGCCAUGGCACAGUCAACCAAUCCGUUUGGCCGACCAUUACAACAGACACAACCAUUGCAACCGGACUUCACCGGAGCAGGCUUCGGGGGUUACACUCCACAGCCUCAGUCCUUUAACACUCAGCCAAACGCUCUAUCCUCCAUUCGACAGGAUGAUGUGGCCUCAUUUCCGCAGCAACCCCAGCAGCAGUUCGUCAGCCCACCGGCACCGCCGCUGCAACCUCAGUCCACCAACCCCUUCCGCCAGUCCAUGAUGCCUAAUGCUACUGGCAUGGCAAACACCUCCACCCCUACCUCAUCACUCAACAGGUCGAGUACGAAUCCCUUCGCCAGAUCCCUUCCCCCGCAGCAACAACCGGCACCGUCGUUCCCCGCGGCCAUCCCCCAACAAGAGAUCGCAAUCCAGCCUUUACAACCAGCGCCUACAGGUACUAACCCCUUCGCCCGCAAUCCCUCACCCGCUGCACCACCUUCAGCCAUGCCUGCGCCUGCGCCUGCUCCACUGGUACCGAACCCCACAGGAAGCACAAACCCAUUCCGACAAGCUGCGUUCGUCAACCAGCAAACUGGUCAAGGGUGGCAGGCCGGACCCCAGGCCACAAUGGGAGGGUUGGAACAGCUGGAGACGGUGCCGGUGUUUCCUAGACCUGGCCAGCCGGCGCCGCCACAGCAGCAGGGGUGGCUAUGA